CGAGGGGUUAAUUGGGUUCACCGUCAUUUUCAGGAAGUUGAUUGUCAUGUCCAAAAUGGCCAAAGAUCAGGUGAGCCUGUAAACCACGACCGCGGCCGUGCAGAGGAAGGAUGGUUGCCAACUCUAGCCUCUUUGGUGGAGCUCGCUAGCACCAGAGGUUUUUAUAACAAAAAUGAAGGCGACCAGCACCAAAUACAGCUCACUGCGUGUCUGCGUCCUGUCCUGUUUUAUCUUCCUGUUGUGUUCCACCUGCACCGGAGUCGUGGCCGGGCGGAAAAUGGCGCAUCGCACGUUGAAGCGCAGCCGGCGGAGUCAUCAGAGCUCAAAGCACAAAGGUGCGCAUCACCGGCCGCUGACGGACGAGCAGAAAGCGGACCAGAACCUGCAGUUCAUGUUGAAUUUGUACCAGAGCGCUGCCGAACCAGACGGCAGACCCAAACAGUACCGGAAGUUCGGCUCCAACACUGUGCGACUGCUGAGACCAUCUGCGUCGUCAGUGCUUUACCUGCCAGCGUCAAGAGAUCACCACUACAGCUUCACAGUACAGUACAACCUUGACACUCAUCCGUCGGAGCAGCUGGUCAGAGCCUCAUUCAUCCACCUCCGCUCUUCAUCCUCUCCCUCCUCCACAACCUCUCCCACCACCCAACCCUUGGAGCCGCCCCGCUGUAGGGCUCAGAUCACCUCUAUGGGCAGAGAGAACCUGGUCAUCCUGGAGCCCCAUGAGCUUUGGACAGAGACGGACAUCACCGCUCACGUCCAGCAGCAAAAGCGCCUGGCGGAACACUUGACCCUCACUGCCCAGUACUGGUGUGCAGAUCCUUGGCGUGCCAAAGAGGACGACAGACUCCGGUGGUUGUUUCGUCAUCAAGGGGUAAAAAGAUGGCGAGAUGAACCUCAUCUUGAAGUCCCAUCUCUUCUUUUAUACCUAGAGGAGCAAAGGGAAGUGAAGGACUGGAUGGCGGACUUGCUGGAGGCUGGAGGGGAGGACUUCAUGAGGCGAGUAGGGCAUCCUUCGGUUAGCCGUUACCGCCGCUCAAAAGACCUUUCAUCUUCAGAGGCCAAAGACGCGUCGCUGGAUGUUCUGAAGAACGCUCCUACUUCCUCCUCCUCUUUUCCCCCCUCGCCCUCUUCCUCCAUCAUCGCCGACAUCCCCAACUACAAACGCAAAACCAGCAUGCCCAAGAACCGCUGCAAGCUCCACUCGUUCCGCCUCUCCUUCGACAAGCUCGGCUGGGGUCACUACUUCAUCGCUCCGCCGGUGUACAACCCGCGCUUCUGCCAGGGCAACUGUCCGAGGGUGCUCCCCUACGGCUUCCAUUCCCCCAACCACGCCAUCAUCCAGACGGUCAUCAACGACCUGGGCAUCGGGGACGUGCCCCCUCUGUCCUGCGUGCCUUUUAAGUACAUGCCCAUGAGCGUGCUGGUGGUGCACAAGAAGAAGGUGGAGUACAGGGAGAUGGAGGACAUGGUGGCCGAGUCGUGCACAUGUCGCUAAAGUUUGGGGGCGAGCAGACUUGAAUAUGCUUAGCACCGAGACUGAAAGUGGGCCGAUUUGAUGGGUCAUUCGUUUGAUCUACAGCUCGGCGGUGAACCAUGAUGAGCUCGAGACUGGAAGGAAGUCGUUGUGGUUUCGGAUCUUCACCAGCCCUGUUGAAGCACUUUAAAAGGCAGCCGCUGAAUGAAACUAUGG